UGGCGCUGUGCGAGCGGGCGGCCAGCGGGAGCUCUCUGAUCUGGCCUCGCGUGUUGCUCUUCGGGGACUCCAUCACGCAGUCGCAGUAAACUGUAGAUGACUGGCUCGGGGCCAUUGGAUGAAGAAAACCUCAUUUCCAGAGAACCAAGUGAAGCGACAGUGACCCCCAAAAUACCUUCCCAAGCAAGGACCGCGAGAGGCCUCGGGGUGCCCACAUACCCUGCAUCUAAAGGGCCUAGCCCAACACCUUUGCCGUUGUGCCUGGCUGCGUGGAUAGUAACGGGCUUUUUCUUCAGUUUUCUUUCCAGCAAGGUGGAUGGGGCGCAUCGCUGGCUGACAGGCUAGUCAGGUUACAACACCAGAUGGGCCAAGAUUAUCCUUCCGAGAUUAAUUAGGAAAGGGAGUGGUAUGGAAACCCCAGUGGCAGUUACAAUUUUCUUUGGUGCCAAUGACUCUACCCUCAAAGAUGAGAAUCCCAAGCAGCACGUCCCCUUGGACGAAUACGGGGCCAAUUUGCGGGACAUAGUGCAGUACCUCAAGUCUGUGGACAUCCCCAAGGAGCAAGUCAUCCUCAUCACACCGCCCCCACUCUGCGAGGCAGCCUGGGAGAAGGAGUGCAUCUUGAAAGGUUGCAAAUUAAACCGCCUGAACUCUGUUGUUGGUGAAUAUGCUAAAGCAUGUUUACAAGUAGCCAGAGACUGUGGGACUGACGUCCUUGACCUGUGGACCCUGAUGCAGAAGGACAACCAGGACUUCUCCUCCUACUUAUCAGAUGGCCUGCAUCUGUCACCAAUGGGAAACGAGUUUCUGUUCUCACACCUCUGGCCGCUGCUGGACAAGAAGGUCUCUUCGCUACCAUGGCUGCUUCCUUACUGGAAGGAUGUGGAGGAAGCAAAGCCUGAGCUGAGUCUGCUGGGAGAUGGAGACCAUUGAGCUGGGUCAGCCUGGGAAACAAGAACAAGUGGCCACAUCUUUCCCUUAGACCGUUCCAAGUUGGUAAUCAGACAUUUCAAGAGUAACCAUUCAUGUGCAUAACAUCAUUGAUUCACAAAUAUCAAGAGCUUGAUUAAAUGUUUUUUCCAAGCCUAA